UCGUGUCAGUGUACAGACCGUCAUAGUUUCAGAGUCUUAAUGACGAAGUUCUGAAGUAAUCCUAUCACGUAUCCAGUGUUUUACGCAUUAACUUUUUAUUCUCCUUUGAAAAUUACAAAAUUAAUAAAAUAUGUGUGAAGUGAAUUAAAAUAUGCUGCACUCUCUUUAAUUUUAUUCCCAUUAUUUUCAUACUACAUUAUCUUCUUCUACAUCGUAUGUUACGGAGGUCAUGGAGUAUCAGACGGAAGGCAUCUGCCCCAUCUGUAAUCAGUGUGCAACGCUGAAAUGUAACGGUUGCAAGCAACAAUUUUAUUGUAAAAAGGAGCAUCAGCGACAAGACUGGCCUAGACAUAGGUCAAUUUGUCAACCAUGGGAGAUUCGUGAAAGCUCCGAACUCGGACGGUACCUCGUGGCAUCAAGAGAUUUAAGUCCGGAUGACGUAAUUUUAUCAGAAUCACCUUUGAUUUGGGGCCCGGCAUUACAUUCAGAUCAAAGAGUUUGUGUUGGCUGCGGAAAACAAUGUAAGAAUAGUAGUACAAGAUGCACAAAAUGUCUUUGGCCGGCAUGUGGUACAGAUUGUCCUGGUCUUACUGAUAAACAUAGACACGGCUUAGAAUGUUCUUCCCUUAUAAAAGCAAGGAUCAUUCCUAGGUGCGAUGUUCUCUUAGUAAUACGUAUGUUAAUAUUAUGGCGCAUAAAAUCAAAAUAUUGGCGUUCUAUAGAAAAGUUACAAAGUCAUCAAGAUUCUCGUGGCCAAGGAACAAGCGCAUAUGAAGAAACAAUAAAUAUAUAUCGACAUGUUAAACGUUUUUUACCAGACGAUCUUUCCAGCAAAGAUAUCGUCCACAAAAUUUGCGGUUUAAUAGACGUGAACGCGCUGGAAACUUUACCACCCGAGGGUUGCAUUGCGAUCUAUGAAACAGCAUGCCUUUUGGAGCAUUCUUGUUUAGCUAAUACAAGACACAAUUUUAAAAUCGAUGAUAAGGGUAGACCUCGAAUCAUAGUGAAAGCUGUUUGUUCAAUAAGAAAAGGAGACCAUUUGAGCACAAUGUAUACACAUGCACUUUGGACAACGAAGGCACGAAGAGCUCAUCUUUUAGAGACAAAGUAUUUUUCUUGCCAUUGUAAGCGAUGUGCUGAUCCAACAGAAUUGGGUACACAUUUUGGUACCUUAAAAUGUCCCCACGAUAAUGGGUUUGUUUUACCUGAAGAUCCUCUAAACAAUGAUUCACAAUGGGGAUGUAAUUUAUGUCCUGGAAUUUUGACUGCGUCGGAAGUGAUGCAGUUCAUUGAUAAAUUGGAAGAGGAUGUCGAUGAAGUUAUGUAUCAGCCCAACAAGGAUAAAUUGAUCAAUCUUCUAUCUCGGCUAACUGCGCUGUUGCAUCCUGGACAUCAACAAUGCAUAACUGUCAGCCAUUCAUUGAUUCAAUUGUUACCUGCUGACAAUCCGAAAAAAGCGGAAUUAUGUAAACGUAUUAUAGAAACCACUAAAACGUUAGAUCCUUAUGGCACGAGAUUGGCGUUAUACACUGCAGUUGCGUUGAGGGAAUUGUCUACUUGUUCAGGAGAAGACAGAAAACGCCUUUUGUCAGAAGCAAUAUUGUUAUUGCAAUAUGAACCAGAGAAUUCGUCUGGUGGAAAGCUUCGAAUAUUAAUAGAAUCUGAAUUGUAACAGUUCUACUCAGCGUUUGAUAAGAUGGGCA